AUGUCUAUUCUUGUCUUGGCCCUACUGCCCUACUUCUCUGUUGAUUUAUUUAAUGAAUGCCCUUACGACUGCUGCGAUCCAUCUGAAUCUCCCCAAACAAACACAACUAGAGGCGGAGAUGGAGCGCAAGGUGGCGCCGCCGCGGCCAUCUCGGCCGUGCUCGACGACGACGAUCUCCUCAUCGAGAUCCUCGUCCGCGUCGCCUUCCCCACCAGCCUCGUCCGCGCCGCGCUCGUCUGCAAGCGCUGGUACGGCCACGCCUCCGAUCCCGCCUUCCUCCGCCGCUUCCGCGGCCUCCGCCCGCCCCGGCUCCUCGGCUUCUACAUAUUCACGAGGGCCCCUAAACAUAUACGGUUCGUGCCGCUGCCUCAGCCCCCUGAGCUCGCCGCCGUCGUUCGCCGCGGCAGCUUCGAUCUGGACACCUUGGACCGCGACAGAGAGACAUGUCCAUUCUCCCACCGCUCCCGGAGACCAGCAUCCAUGUUCCAUGACGGCUCCAUAUUAUACUAUGAUCUCCACUCCCGUGCUGAGAUCCUCCCAUACGGUGACAGCAACGGUGACGGCCUGUCUUGCUUAUAUUUGGCAACAGGGCAUAAAAAGCAGCAGACUGUCUUCCAUGUGUAUGCGUUGCAAGACGGUGUCUGGGCCAUCAGAUCUUCGGCAGUAAGCGAAAUCCCCAAACUUAAUCUGCUAUCUCCUGAUUUGCUUGGUGACGCUAAGAUCUACAAUGUGGCCUCUGUGGACGGCAUUUAUAAGCUAGUCGUGCUAGAUCUUGUGUCCUCGUCUUUGGCACUAGUUAACCUCCCAGAAGAGGUGGAUCUGGGAUUCAUCUGGCUCCACACGAUGGAUGACAAUGGUGUCCCCAACUGGCUCCUUGUGGAUACCAUUUGUUUGCAUGAGAUAUGUGUUAAACACAUGAUACCAACUUGCAUGUUGAAGGAUGAUUCUAUUACGAUACAUCCAGUUGGGGUCAAUUCUGAGAUAAUUUUCUUGGAGAUGGGUAAGGUCCUCUACCUGUUUGAUAAUAAACAGAAGGUGGCAAAGAAAGUUUAUGAGGUGACAACAGAGGAUAGACACUUGUUUCUUGUCAUUCCCUUUAUGAUGGUUUGGCCUCCUAAAUUUCCAGUGAUGAAGGAAAUAUGUGAUCCAAAAGAAUGA